UCAUAUUUGUGCUACAAACAAAUUAGCUAACCUCUCAAACCCUGUAGUCAAUCAAGUCCAACUUGAGAGACAGAAUGAGCGUCUUAAGGAAGCAUUGAUUCGACUGAGGGAUGUAACCAGUGAGCAGGAAGCUGAAAUGACCAGGAAGUUGAAGAACUUAGAGAAGGAGGCAUCUUUGGUACAGGAAGUACAGAUUCAGAACGAAAAGCUGAGAGAGAGUUUAGAUUUGGCCGAGAGUCAAAUUGAAGAGUUGAAGCAGCGCCUGGAUGAUGCCAUUGGUGCUGAGGAUAUGAUCGAGCAAUUGUCUGAGAAGAACAUCACUCUCGGUGAAAAGAUUGAGGAAAUGCAGAGUGCCAUUGAUGACCUUGAGGCUCUCAAGGAACUCAAUGAUGAGCUCGAGGAAAACCACAGCGAAACAGAGAAGCAACUCCAAGCAGAGAUUAAUAUGAAAGAUACACAACUCAGGGAACAUCAGAAGAAGAUAGAAAAUUUGGAAGAGAACCUUGGUGACUAUGAGAAUACCAUUCUCCAGUUCCGUGAGCUGGUGGCGCAUCUACAAAGUGAUCUAGAGCAGCUGCGUCAAAAGGAGGAAACGAAGGCUGGUGGACUUGGAAGCCAAUCUCAGGCGAUGCUUAGUCUCAACUUGCAGCUACAAUCGACAGCUAUGAAGGCUCAGGCCAAGGCUAUUGACCUCGAACUUAGAAAGCUGGAUGCACUGCAGGCAAAUGACAACUUGAUGUUGGUCCAACCUUACUUACCAGAUGGAUUCUUCAAGACAGAGAACGAUUCGAUUCAAUGCCUACUUUUGUUUAAACGCUUGUCGUUUAAGUCAGAGCUUAUGAGCAAGCAUUUGGAGCAACAGUACUCUCUCUCUGAUAAAAUUACCCAAGGUGAGGUUUUACCAGAGCUUGCUUCGGUUUGCGAGGUCCGACAGAAGCUUACCUGGUUAGGCGACAUGGCUAGGCGAUUUGUCUCUUAUAUUGAAGGUUGCUCUGUCGAGGUCUUUGCAAAGAUGGGGCAAGUUUACCAUGACCUUGUAGGUACUGAGCGUCGCCUUAACGCUUGGGUUGAGCAACUGCGUAAAGAGGAGCUUCGGGAAUCGGACUGCAUAGUUGAUCUGCAGAGAGCCAUUGCCCAAAUGGAUCAUUUGGCUGAGACAUAUUUGGCUGAGACUCGACUGGAUAUUGUUGAGCGUUACCACGGAGCUGCUCAUGCACUAGAUCUGAACUUUGAUCGCAUCUUCGUAAACCUAACUGCUGUUGGAUCUAUGUUCAAGUCAAGUGAGGAUGGCAUUCGCUUGGUGGAUACUGAUGAUAUCCAAUAUCAAUUGUUACAAACGUUGUCGCAUUUGAGUUCACAGGCUAAGAGCGGAAAGACUUUAACAAAAAAAAUUUUACGCAAGUUCGACGAAUUGGCAUCUCAAGACUCAAUUGUUAAGCCUGAAGGGUUUACGCACUAUAAAAACGCUUGCAGCACAAGCUUCAAGCUGGGUGACUUUUCGUAUGAAGUCAGGAUUCGUGUCGCACAAUAUGUCCAGGCUCGUAGAGAAGGAACUAGCACAGAUAGCAUUCAUCAAACCAUCUAUCAUGUUACUGAUGCCCAGCUUGGUAUCAGUGAGACGAGCAUGUGGGAAGGCUGCCGGAAGUUAUUAAAUGGCCUAUUACAGGAUGUUACGGCGUUGGCUGAAAGUAUUCAAGACCCCGAAAUUGCCGUUAAAGUUGCAAAAUCAGAGAAGGUCUGGGUUAAGAGGGCCAAGGAGAUGAAGGAUGUAGUAGUUGUAAAUGUUGAUGCAGAGCAAAAGGUUCAAUCACUUCAAGAGCAGAUGCUGAAGCUUGUCAAGGAAAGCAAGUUGAAGGAUAAGGAUAUGCAAGAGUCCAACCUCAAGAUUGAACUGCUUGAGAAGCAGGUGGAGACAUUGAAGAAACAAGCUGAACAGAUCCAGAUACUGGACCGCGAUGUUGACAAAGCCAGGAAACAGGAGAGAGAUUAUGACGAAGCUAUUAGUGCUCUACAGGCAGAUAUGGCGGCGCUUGAGGAACAAAAUGCUCAACUAAAACGCCAGGUCAAGAAAUCAGAAGGCAGGAAUCUUGUACCGCCUAUAAGGAGAACACCACAUCACAGUACACAUGGAUCUACUGGCUCUCUUAUUGAUCCAGAUGCAGCUGGCUCAGCAACUCUGGAUAAUGCAGAGGGAGGCUCUGGUAGAGAUCUUAUGAUUCAAAUAGAGUCUCUUAGAUCAGCCUUGCGUUUCUUGCGAUCUGAGAAUGCAUCUUUGAGGACUAGGGCAGCCAUGCAGGAUCUGGGCCUGACAAUGAACAUGUCUGUGUUGAUUUGUCCCUUGAACCGUAGACCUGAAAGUGGUGGACUACCCUUGCUUCAGUCAAUUUCUGAUAACCCAGAGACUCAGAAGCGACUGUUGUCAGCAGAAAAUGAGUUGAAGGCUGUGGCAUUAGAAACCAAGAGGCUGCUUAAGGAUGCUCGAGAGAUCUGUGCAUCGCCGAAGGUUGUUGAUCUGACUAAACAUACUGCAUUUAAGGGACAACAAAAGCCUGCUAUUAUUACUACAGAGACAACAAGUGGUACUGAUGGUGUUGGCGUUGGCCGUCGAUCAUGGCAAGCACAACAGACUCGUCCUGAAUGGCAAUACCAUACACAACAAGCAGCUUUGCAUACGAUUCAACAAAGAAGCGAUGAGCUCAAAGAGAGAUUGGCCAAGGUAUCCCGAGUUCAUCCUGCGCCGGUCAAGUUGAAAAAGCUGUCAUUAGCAGACGCGCCGAUUGCACGUGUGCGCUUGCCACUGAGCGUAUCUGGGUUAGUAGGGGCUCCAGAAAACACGCAGACCGGCACGCGGAGUGAUCUUGCAGUAUUCCUGCGUAGUAGUUCAGAGUUUGAGGCCAUGCAUCAACUCUUUGUACGUUGAGAUUGGUUGUUAAUAUUUAUGCAUGAUAGUGUUACAGAAUAUUUGUAUGCAUCAAGGAAAAAAUAAAAAAAUAAAAAAAUUCCCCG